AUGACGCCGCCCGACUUCCUGUUUCGAGUGUCGCCGCUCAAGUUGCACGUGCGCACGGCCACGCAGACCCAUGGCGAACCCGCUGUUUACGAGCUCUUUUGUCGUCUGACCCCAACAGGUGGCGACAAGCAAGACGAGCAACAGGACGGAGGGACAGCAACAGUGCAAUGGAGCAUCUGGAAAACCUACGACGAGUUCCAAGCUUUUGAUAAUCAGAUGCGAGCAGUUCGCGAGUCCCUUUUUGCCAAGAUGAUGGUCACGGUCGUCUUUGCACCAGGCCACCGCGUACGCGCGUUUUUCCAUCAGGACCAUACACCGAGUUUUCUCGAGAAACGGCGUGCUGAGCUGGAUUUCUACAUGCAGCGUGUGAUGCUGUUUCCGAAUGUGGCCGAGUUCUCCAAGAGGAGAGGAGGCUGCAAGGUGCUGGCCGACUUUGUUCGUGCUGAAGAGCACAUGGAUUGUAGUGGAUUGCUCGUUCCGAUGUCGCCGAAUAUGAACGUGUCAGGCGUUUUCUCGUCGUCGUUCGAUCUGCUGCGUGAUUCAGCAGGCUCGGACAAUCGAGCGUCGUGUGCGAGUGUGAUGGGUACAGGUGACAAGGCGAACUCGGUGCGAAAGAAAAGCAGACUGAAGAUUGAGGAAGAGGUGGCUUUGCGCUGUGGGGACCACGAGCUGAAGCGUUUUAAGAAACACGCACGCACCUUUCGCAAAGAAAAUGAUCCGGCCGCGGCUGCAGCCGCUUUUGUCGAGUUCUUGUUGAAGGCAUUCGAGCCCGAAUUUGCAGGUUGGAUUGUGCAGCGCUUUGUGCGUUCAUUGAAGAGUGCAGAAAAGCGCGAGGCACUGCGCGCUGCUGCCAGUCUGUCUAUGGCAUCUAAAGACAUCGAUCGAAUAGAGGAGAGCCGGUCGCAGCGUCGGGAUUGCCGCACGUGCUCGCAAGACGAUGAUGAAGCCAGUCAUGGGGCCGAGAAAUACGUAGAUCAGAAACUGCAGGGAUAUUCCGACCGUCAUCAAAACUCCGACGGUCGUGCGAGCGAUCCAGCCAUCCUUGGACGGAUAUCUCGAAAGAAGGCCAACCGUCAGAUCCUGGAACGGGUAAACGCGCUUUCGAAUGGGGACGCACUAAGCGUGGACAAAUUCAAACAAGCGGCCAAGGCGCUCGGAAACCAAGGAAUGAGCGGUCAAGCCUUUGCAGAUUUUUUGCGCGUGACGUAUGGCAAACAAGAAGCUGAGAAGUUGCUUCUCCUUGUUGUCGAGGUGGUUCCGCAACCGCUGGUGCAGCAAGAGCUACGGGUCGCUAUGGUGCGGUAA